AACUCAAAAUCCAGCGGUCUCUCAGAACCACACGAGUGGUCGUGCGAUUCGUAACGAAUCAAAUUUUUUUUAAAUUCGUAUAUAACGAAAAUCCACAAUCUGAACAUGUGCGCGAAAAAAUAUCGCGACAUUGUCAAAGCCGAGUGUCUUCUUUUAAUUAUUAUUGGUGUUAUUUGUUCCAUCGGUCGUUGUCAAAAUGCAAUUGGAAGAAGAAGCAUAGAGAUAAGGACAAAAUCAAUAAAGUUCAAAGACAAGGAGAAUUCAUGGAACGCGUCUCCCGAGGGUGGAAGGACGCCCGAUGAAGAGGCGGCCCUUAUGGACCAAGAAGUUGAAGCUGAAACGGAAGUAGUGCCUCGGGGAACCGGAAAUAGGAAUGGGAAUUUUCCUCUAGACUCUACGACAAUGUCACUCAUCACGAGGCUAAAAAAUGAUAACGACCAUAAUCAUGUGAAGGAAGAAGCUAACAAGUCGUGGAUGGAUGUUACAGAGGAAAGUCGUGUUAACGAAAUGAAAAAUAUCCGAGGACAAAUUAAGAAAGGACCGGACUCAGUUGACGACAUUGGGGAAAAUGAGAUUAAAAGAAUGCGAGGACAAGUUGAACGAAUGAGAAAGUACCGUGGGCAGCACCGACGAAAGCGGAAGUACCUUGACAAGAACACGAAUAGAGAGAGGAAAAUUCGUAAGAAUAAAAAAGAACAUAGCGGAAAAGGUAGACGACGUAAAGCAAAACGAAGGAAGAAUGAUAAUAAUCCAAGUCGUCUUUUCUUUAGUGGCUUAAGGUUUAACGAGACCAACAUCUUUUUACAGCAACUUUCAAAUGUAACUCCUAAUAAGUACAAAGACAAGGAAUUAAGAAUGAAAAGCGAAAAUGUUGAGGAGGUUGUUUCUAAUAAUCAAAGUACAACAUCGAAUGUUCAAGUGCAACUGACAACUGAAUCAAGAACACAAAUUCCACCAGAGCCAACAAAGCACUAUCAUAAUAGUGAUGGUACAGUGGAAAAAGAAUUUUCCAAAUAUCUCGAGAGGGAAAUUUCCAAAUCAAAAUUGGAAAAUUUACCAUAUUUGGAAAGUUUUUCUAAUGAUAAAUCAUUUGUUAAAAAUGAAUAUUCAAAUUCAUUGAAUAAUGAAAUGAAAAUUUACAACGAUCAACAAAAAAUGGAAGUACAAUAUCGUGUUCCAAAGCCAAGUGGUUAUGAAAGUCCACGAUUUAAUGUUCAAAGUAUGCUGGGUUAUUCAAGAACGGAGGAAGACUUACCAAUUUUGGAAAUGGAAAAAGAAGUUCUCGAGCGAACGAUGCAGGAUUACAACGCUUAUAUGGCGUCGAACUUAUUGGCUGGGAAAUUGACUAGCGUCCGGAAGCAGCCAAUCAUGGCUGACGGUAAUGAUUCACAGAAUGGGAAAGAGUUGGAAAAUUCGUUAGACGAAGAGGAAACAUCCAACGAGGAGGUAAACGACGAUGAAAUCAAUGGAGAUUUGUCCUGUAUAAAUGGAACAUUUCUACCAGCACCUUUGGUUUUGCACGCAUUGAUCAAAUAUGUAAAAUCCUCCAUCCCUGGACAUGAGUACCUUGAGGCUGACUAUGAAUGUGCCCCUGGAUUCUAUAUGGCUUGGAACGAAAGUAGAUUACUAUGCAAAAAUCGUCGAUGGGUGGGUCAAGUACCAAAAUGCAAGGUCAGACAAAAUUUUAACGGAAUGUGUGCUGAAUUUCAUUGUGAGCAUUUUUGCAAGGAAAUCAAUGGUGAGGCUGAAUGUUUUUGCAGAGAGGGCUUCAUAUCAGAAAAACAAAAAUGCAAAGAUAUUAAUGAAUGUGAAGAGGACAACAAAAAUUGUGAAUUCAAAUGCGUAAAUACAGAAGGAUCAUAUCGCUGUGAAUGUCCUGAGGGAAUGAUGCUGGGAGAAGAUAAAUACACUUGUAAAGAUAUCAACGAAUGUGUUUCAAAUGAGGGACACGGUCCAUGUCAGGAUACGUGUCAUAAUCUUGUUGGUGGUUACGAGUGCAAAUGCGAUGGGCUACCAGGUACAAUUCUGUCAUCCGACAACCACACGUGCCAUGAAUCCGGUCCAUGCAGCAUCCGUAACGCUGGCUGUUCGCAUACCUGCAUCUCAACAAUGGGUCGUGUAUUCUGUUUGUGUCCUGAUGGUUUUAUGCUCGAAGACGAUUGGAAAACUUGUCAAGAUGUGAAUGAAUGUGCAGUGCCAGACCUUCAGACGGAAGUUUGCCAUUAUGGAUGCAUCAACACACCUGGAUCUUAUCGAUGUGCUGAACCUCAAGAACUGAAAGAUCAACCCAUUGCUGUAGACUUGCCAAAUAGUUGUCUACCUGGUUAUCAAGUCUCAAAUGAUGGCUCCUGCCUUGACAUAAACGAGUGCGCCAAAGGCAAUGGUGGGUGCAAUGAAGUAUGCGAGAAUACUGCUGGCAGCUUCUUUUGCGCUUGUGAUGGCGAUGAAAGAAUUUUAUCUUCUGAUGGAAAAUCUUGUACUGACAUCAACUUCUACCUGUGUCCACCUUUAAAUCCUGCGGGUCAUGGUUACUUGAUGUGUUCUCUGUCCUCAUCAUCAAAAUCAUGGAAGGACAAGCAAAAAAAUGACAAUCAACCAGGAACAAAAUGUUUUCUAAAAUGCCCCGCUGGCUAUCAACUUCAUGGCGAGUAUGAAUUGACCUGUCGUCCAAAUGGCACUUGGGAUGGUCCAAAGCAUGGUGAAUGUGUCAGAUACAGUAAGCCGCGUUUGGAUUGUCCAGCAGAUGUUACUGCAGAACUAUCACCGGGUCGAGAUGAAGCAUUUGUAACGUUCGAUCAACCAUCAACGGAUUUAGAUUGGUUUCGAUAUGUUCGUUCUAAGCCAACUUGGGGCACCAGACUGGAAGCUAAUCUAAAAUUGGGUGUUCAUGAAGUCACAUUCUAUGCUCGUCAUCCUGUCUCAAAGAAGCAAACUAGCUGCACUUUACGAAUAAUCGUUACAAAUGGUGAAGCGCCAAAAGUAAAAAAUUGUCCAAGUGAUAUAGAAGUUUCUGGACAAAAUGGUUCAGCUGUCAAUUGGGAGGAGCCAAUAUUUACUGAUAACGUGAAGGUCAUGAAAAUUCACAGUAAUGAGAGUCCGGGACGUUCUUUUAGCAUUGGAGGACACAAAAUUGAGUACGAGGCAAGCGACGAAGCUGGAUGGACAACGAAGUGCAUCUUUACUGUUGUAUUACGUCAGGCGUAGUAGAAUGAAAAAGGGGGUGUUGGAGGGGGGGAUGAGGAGGGGGCGAAAAAAAAAUUCUAUGAACGAGAGAUAAAACUUGGAAAGAAGAACUGAAUAUCGGUAAGGUAAUAUAAAUGGAAAUUGCAUCUCUCAUUUUCUUUCUCAAGCACACGGCCCAUAAUGGAUUCAGCUUUUACCAGAAACAAGAUCGUGUCGCGCUAAAGUCCAAGAGCUUCCUUUUUUUCUUUUUUUUUCGUCAACGGCUGUAAAACAUUUAAGUCUUUCCCACAACGCCUUCUUUUGAUGAUUUUUUACAUGUAAAAAAUUAAUUAUUUUAUUUAUUCAUAAAUAGUAUAUAUAUAUAAAUUUUUUUUUGCCAUUAUUAAUAAAUUGAAAGCAGAAAAUUGAGGUGAUAAAUAAUAAUUUUUUUCUUUUUCAAUGAAGAUAAAGAGGGAAAAAAUUUUUUUUGAACGUGUGCGGUCGGUUGUAUUAUGUCGCACGUGAUUGACUGGCAUUUGCUUGAGGGUUAACGAUUUAAAGUACCAGAAGGAUAUAUGUUACCAAGGAUGUAAUCAGAGCUACGUAAAUGUCUGUGCUGUCGCUUCGCAUGAAAAUUAUGUCCACGAUGUACCGCUCCCUCUUGCCCUACAUAUAUGUUUUCUUCAUGAUUCCCAUAAAUAAAGUUAUACGCGAAUGAAAGUGAACAAAAAUAUUUUCCUUUAUAUUUAAAAAUGGCAAAAAAAAAAAAAAAGAAAAAUUAUAUCGGACAUCGUAAUUACACUCUGUACUUGUACAUAAUAAAUAAAUAUAAUUAUAUGGAUAUAAAUAUAUAUAUAUUUAUAUUUACAUAAUUAUAUUUAUAAAAAUGUAUAUCUACACAAAAAUUAAGGAAACAUGAAACAAAUGACGUUAUUGCCCGGGGGUAAGAAGCUUCUCAUAAAAUCUCGCGAAGGUCAGAAAACGAUCCAUGACUAAAUUUAUUUAUGAAUAAUAUUUAUCAUAAUUGACCCUCUAACUUACUUUCAAUUGAUUUUAAAAA